AUGCCUACGGUUAUUGGCCGAGAAGUUGGUCCCAUUGGCUACGGCCUCAUGGGCUUCACUUGGCGACCAGAGCCUACUCCUCUGGACCAGGCCAUUGCCGCUCUCAAGACGGCAGUCGAAAGCGGCAUGACCCUCUGGAACGGCGGCGAGUUCUACGGCACGCCCGAAUGGAACUCCAUGACGCUGCUCAGGCACUACUUCACCAAGUACCCAGAGGACGCCGACAAGGUCACGCUCAUCAUCAAGGGCGGAGCGGACCUCAAGACGCACAAGCUCGACGGGUCUCCAGAGGGCAUUCGACGCUCGCUCGACAACAUCAUCAACCAGCUUGGGGGCACCAAGAAGCUGGAUCUCUUCAGCUGCACGAGAAGAGAUCACAACACCCCCCUGGAGGUGACCUUUGGAGUCAUCCAAAAGGAGUACAUCGACACGGGCAAGCUUGGCGCCAUCGCACUCUCAGAGGUCAAUGCCCAGACCAUCCACGAAGCGGCUAAGCUUGCCAAGAUCGGCACCGUCGAGGUCGAGCUGAGCAUGUUCAGUCCGGAUAUCCUGACCAACGGCGUUGCCGCGGCAUGUGCCGAACACGACAUCCCCAUCACCGCAUACUCUCCCAUUGGACGAGGAAUGCUCAGCGGUAGAUUCAAGGACGUCUCAGAAGUCCAGUCCUUUGGCUUCAUCGCCACGUUCCCGCGCUUUCAAAAGGCCGCCUUUGAACACAACCUGCAGCUGGUCAACCACGUCGAGGCUCUCGCCAAGGAAAAGGGCUGCACCCCGGCCCAGCUCGCCAUCGCCUGGGUGCACAGCCAGGGCAAGCGACCCGGCCGACCGACCAUCAUCCCCAUCCCCGGCGCGACUACCGCAGAGCGCGUCAAGGAGAACUCGCAGCUGAUCGAGCUGACGGAGGACGAGGUGAAGAAGAUUGACACCGUUGUCGAGUCGUUUGAGGUGGCUGGCGCGCGAUACCCUCCCAGCGUGCCCACCAACACCUAG